GUUGGCCCACGAUGACAGCUGGAGAAUGGAGUCAGGAAACUACACCCAUAUGAUGCUUAGGGAACUCUUUGGAAAAGGCCCUGCAGCUAUUGAAAACUACAUAAAGAGGUUCCUACUGUCUGUGAGCUCUGCUUCUGGUAGGAGCCAGGGAGCCUUCAAGAACUGAGAGAAGGAUGUUGUGAAGGAUGCAGAUGACAGCCUGGUUGAGGAGGCAGCAAGGUAGAAGAGAAGGAACAUAGAGCUUCUUUACCCUCUCUAGGCAUACUGCCUUCCAGACACCUCCACAAAUUCAGCUGAUGAGAAGAACUCCAAAUUGCAGAGUCCAGAGUUUUCCAUGGAGGUUUCAUCAUUUUUAUCCAAGUAUGAAAACCAGAUUACUAUUUUUGCUGACUACCUAGAAGAAUUUCCAGACACAGACGAGCUGGUAUGGAUUCUGGGAAAGCAGCAUCUCCUUAAAACAGAAAAAUCUAAGUUGUUGUCUGAUAUAAGUGCUCGUCUAUGGUUUACAUACAGAAGGAAAUUUUCACCAAUUGGGGGAACAGGCCCUUCAUCGGAUGCUGGCUGGGGAUGUAUGCUGCGCUGUGGACAGAUGAUGCUAGCUCAAGCUCUGAUAUGUAGACAUUUGGGAAGGGACUGGAACUGGGAGAAACAAAAAGAACAGCCCAAAGAAUACCAACGGAUCCUACAGUGCUUCUUAGAUAGAAAAGACUGUUGCUAUUCUAUCCAUCAAAUGGCACAAAUGGGUGUAGGAGAAGGAAAAUCAAUUGGUGAAUGGUUUGGACCAAAUACAGUUGCACAGGUGUUAAAAAAACUUGCUUUAUUUGAUGAAUGGAAUUCCUUGGCUGUUUAUGUUUCAAUGGAUAACACAGUGGUCAUUGAAGAUAUCAAAAAAAUGUGCCGAGUCCUUCCCUUUAGUGCUGACACAGCUGGAGAAAGCCCCCAUGAUUCUUUCAUCACUUCGAACCAGAGUAAAGGCACCUCUGCCUUCUGCCCAGCCUGGAAACCCCUGUUGCUCAUUGUGCCCCUUCGCUUAGGCAUAAACCAGAUCAAUCCCGUGUAUGUUGAUGCAUUCAAAGAGUGUUUUAAGAUGCCACAGUCUUUAGGGGCAUUAGGAGGAAAACCAAAUAACGCGUAUUAUUUCAUAGGAUUCUUAGGUGAUGAGCUUAUCUUCUUGGAUCCUCACACAACCCAGACCUUUGUUGACACGGAGGAGAAUGGAAUGGUUGAUGACCAGACUUUCCAUUGCCUGCAGUCCCCGCAGCAGAUGAACAUACUGAAUUUGGAUCCUUCUGUAGCACUGGGAUUUUUCUGCAAAGAAGAGAAAGACUUCGAUAACUGGUGUAGCCUUGUUCAGAAGGAAAUUCUGAAGGAGAAUUUAAGGAUGUUUGAAUUAGUUCAGAAACAUCCACCACACUGGCCUCCCUUUGUACCUCCAACCAAGCCAGAGGUGACAACCACUGGGGCAGAAUUCAUUGACUCCACUGAACAACUGGAGGACUUUGACCUGGAAGAAGAUUUUGAGAUUCUGAGUGUGUAGUAUAGUGGGAACUCAAUUUGGAGGUCUGUCUUCCAUCAGCACCACAGGAACAUGAACUUGUUACAUAAAACUUUUCUAGUCAGCAAGUGCCUGAUACGCCAACAGUAUACAAACUUACUAGCAAUCAUGAUGGAGUCAAAUACCAAUGUCUGAACAUAAAGCAAAACAAAAACAAAACAAAACAAAAACAAAGAAAGGACAACAACAUUUCCCAGGAAGAAAUAGAACAAUCAUGGAGUCUAAGAAUAGAAAGUUCAGGAGGAGCCCAUUGCUUCGCACCUUGUCUUAUAUGGCUACAGUAAGUCUUCAGUAGCUGAAGUGAAGACAUUUGGAAGACAGAUAAGAACUCCCAUUUGUUCCAAACACUGGCAGAUGCAAGAUCUUACGCUGUUCUUCACUCUUUCAGGUGUGACCUCUUUGGGGAUAAAUACUAAGAGGCAAUCUGUUCUCUUGCUCAAAUAAUAAAGUAAAUCAGGGAUAAAAUGUUCUUGUUAAAUUAUUUGGAUGUGUAUUUUAAAUAGUCAUAAUCUACACCAAAACAUUUGCCAAAGAAAUGAUGUCAAAUGUAUAUUUCUCAGUUGUCUUCCUAUUUGGAGGAACUUUAGUAUUUGAUGGGUCAUAGUCUUCAUCCUUAUUGAUACUUUUGUCAGAUGUCACUUACUCUGUCUUUAAGUCAAAUGUGCUCCUUGAAUCGGGAGUCAGGAAACUUUGUUUUUGUAAAGGACAUGAGAGUAAAUACUUUAGGCUUUGUAGGCCUUGUGGCCUUUGUCAUAACCACUCAACUCUGCUGUGGAAGAGCAGAGGCAGCAAUAGACUACACGCAUGUAAUUUAACAAAGCUUUAAUCCAGCAAAAUUUUAUUCACAAAAAUAAGUAGAGGGCUACACUUGGCUUGCGAUCACUUGGUAAUCAUUUAAAUUGUUCAUUUAUGUUUAAGGAAUUAAAAUUAAACUUUGAGUUACACUGUUUUGGUUGACAGAGAUUUUAGAAAGAAUUAUUCAUGCAGUGACAGCUGAUAUGUGCAAUAAAUACAGUUCCAAACCACUUAGGACUAGUAACUUAUGAAAUUUUAAAACACAUAUUCAUCAAAUAAGUUUUCCUAACCACUUUUCUGUAAGAAUACUGAAGUCUCUGUAGUAUCUUUCUGUUUGCCUUGCCUUCUUAACUUUCUGUGUUUUACUCCCAUUCUUGAAAUAGUCCCACAGCAGGCCAGCAUCUGGGCUUUACAAACUAACACCAACUAAUUCAAGUAUUUCCCUAUGUUCCAUGUUUUCCUGUUUUUUCCCAGUAGGUAAUAUAUUCCAGAGAUACAACAUUGAAAAGAUACAAAAUGAUAUUCAAUGAAAUAUCUCCUUUUCACAGAUUAGUCCCCUUCCCCAUAAGUUCCUAGUGUUAUUAAUUUCUUGUUUAUCCUUCCAGAUGAUAUAUUUUAUGCAUAUAUAAAUAUAUUCCUGUACUUAAGCAUAUACAUUUAUAUAAAAUAUAUGCACAUAUGCACACUCAUAUAUAUCUUAGAUUUGGAUUUUAAUGGCUUUAAUAUUUAUCUACUUUUAAUUUACUGAUAAAUGAUACUGAAGCCACAGAAGUGUGGAAAUUCCUCUUUUGAACUCUAGCAUGUGAUGGGAAUAAAAUGGGUGUAGUCUUAUUUUGAAGCAUGUUGUGGGUUUAAUGACCAGUAGAGGACUCAACUGUUAGACUUGGAUUGUUUCCUAAUUUUUUCUUACCUUAAUAUUUAGGUAUAGCGCUUAGUGAGAAUGGUUGUUAGAAAAGUUUUUUUUUUUAAUCAAAGAAUGCCAGAAGUCAAAUGUUCAGAUUUUGUUCAUUUUAUUUGCUAUGUACAAAGCUGGCACCAUGUUUAUUACUCAGGAGGUGAAGGUUACAGUAGUUCAGAUUACACUGAUUAAGCUUUGUUUGUGUUAGCACAGUUUACAUAAUACUUAAAGAAACAGAAUUACCUGGAAGGAAUGUCCCCAUGUCAACAUAUUUAAAAGUGUUCUCAGAAACUGGUAAAGAAAAUGGUUAAAAUAAAUCCCCCAAGCAGAACAUACUUUAUAACCAACUCAGGCUUGCUUUAGGUCUACCAAUUGUUGGCGAGAGGGAGGGUUGUAUUAAAUUGUUUGAGUUUUAAAAAACAAAAUAGAUUAAAAGACCACCUGUGAAAGAGCAAUUGCAUGCCCAUUUUAAUGGAAAACCUCAGCUUCAGAAUACAAAGAUCCAACAUACUGCAACUGCACUUUACCACUUGGAAUACAUUUGGAUGGUGUUUAGAAUGAACAGACUUCUGAGAAGUUGAGCAAAUGUAAGUACAAAUGAAAUGUGCUUUUUUGUUCCUUGAAUCUGAACCAAAAUGUAUGCUUCCUUGUCCAUCUACUCCUCUGCCCCUGGCCCAUGAAAAAGGGCUGUGGUCUUCAUUUCCUUUUAUGGCCUUGGCCACCUUUAUUGUAUCCACUGUUCUUUGGUCCAAGGGAAGUCCUCUGGCUAGGAAGAAUGAACUAGCAAGGACGAAGUGAGUUGUCUAGGACCAGAUGAAAUAAGGGGGCUGCUGGCCGUGAAGCCUUCCUAAGCAAUGGGGAAGGA